UGGAACCAGCAGCGAUAUCUUUUAGUCGGUCUACGGCGCUUGGGCAAAUAUGUUGCACGCUGACUGGAUUUCUAAAGGUGUUCGAUCCAUGUUUUACAUGGUCACACCAAACGAAUCAUCAUUUCGACACGUAGAAGAUGUGCCUCAAUACGUGCAACAGGCCACCCCUUACUUUGUGGGCCUAAUGUUACUGGAACUGGUGGUGGGCUAUCUGAAGAAUGGCCUACCUGUGCCUAGCAUUAGUGACGGAGUCACCUCUGUGUCUGCAGGUAUAAUCUCCAGGCUUCCACAUUUGUUCCUGCGAAGUUUUGAGCUGACCACUUACAUGUAUAUAUGGAACCACUUCCACCUUCUGGAGUUGCCCUGGGACUCAUCCUGGACCUGGUGGCUGGCUUUCCUGGGAGUGGACUUUUGCUACUACUGGGUACACCGUUUUGCUCAUGAGAUAAACAUCUUGUGGGCAGCUCACCAGGUUCACCACAGUUCAGAAUACUACAACCUCACUACCGCUCUCAGACAGUCUCUCACCCAACAGUUCUCAUCAUGGGUGUUCUAUCUGCCCAUGGCUCUAGUGUUGCCUCCCUCUGUCUUUGCCGUUCACAUCCAGUUUAAUCUGCUCUACCAGUUCUGGAUCCAUACUGAGGUGAUAAAAGAUCUCGGGCCUCUGGAAUGGAUUCUGAACACACCCAGUCACCACAGAGUUCAUCAUGGGAGGAAUCUUUAUUGCAUAGACAAGAACUAUGGAGGAGCUCUGAUCAUAUGGGAUCGUUUAUUUGGAACCUUUGCUACAGAAACUGAUAAAGUCAUCUAUGGUCUUGUUCAUCCAAUAAACACGUUUGAAAUUCUCACUGUUCAGCUACACUAUUAUAGAUAUGUGUGGAGAAGAUUUAAGAAAAACACUAAAGUUGCAAAUAAAUUGUCCAUCAUAUUCAAAGGACCAAGUUGGAAACCUGGUGAACCAAGAUUGGGGAAUCAUGCAGAGGUUCCCACUGUGACAGGAGAAGAGAUGCCACAUGAUCCAAGUUGGCCAGUUCCCCGCCAGGUCUACGUAUGCAUGCAGUUCCUAUUGGUUCUGUGGGUUUACCACAAUGUGUUUGCAACUAAGUUGAUGCUGUCCCAGCUUACAGUUCUGCUGAUGACUGGCUAUAUUGUGCUGACUCUCACUUCCAUUGGCUUCAUCAUUGACCAGAGGACGACAGCGGCCAUGCUUGAGACGCUACGCUGUGCCCUGAUGGUGACGAUGAUGACACAUGACAUGUUGGCACCACCUCUGCCCUCUCUGGCAGUGCCCAUAAAGACGUUUGUCUCCCUCUCUCUGCUGUACUGGGGCAUGCAGACCUUCAUCCAGAUAGUUGCUGUCAAGAAGAAGUCACACUAAGUCUUAAGGAAAAGUCACACAGUCCCUAGGCCUUCCUGUACCAAUCAAAUAGUUUAACCAUGAUUAUGCUUUACUUGUCAAAGUACUUGUAUGUAUAACAAUUAUACAGUUUCUUAUGCGUUAGGUAUUAUACAUUUGUAUGUGCAUAAACAUUGAUUAAAGUGUCUAUUACACAGCAUACAUUAAUGUCCCUGACAAAUAUUUUUUAUACAGGUAAUACUAUAAUUAUUAUCAUGACAAUGAUGUUGUAUCAUAAACAAAAUUACAUUACAUUUUGUUCACCUAUUGUUGUUACUACAUAACUGAACACAUGUGACAAGGAAUAGUUUAUGGUAAUGUUCAGAUUGUUAAACAUUGUUAACAUGGGUGCUAUUGAUUGAUUAUCACUAUUCAAUCAGAUCAGCCAUUUACAAACAUUCCUCCUGAUAGUCACGGAUAAUAUUAGAAAUGGCUAUCUUUAUCCAUGCAACACUUUCUCUUUAAACUCUUGAAUAUGCUCAUAUUGUUUUCAUAAAAUGUAAAGAAAUGCAACCAAAUGUUAUUAGUCCAUAAUUUGUCAAAUCUAGAAGAUGUUAUUUUACAACACAACUUUUGAAUAUAUGAAUUGUUGUAAACCAACAAUGUAAGAGCAAUGUGAAAUAUUAAAUGGAAAUCAUUCUGUACAUCUUUACUCUUAAUUAUCUCACUCCUUCAAGUCAACACCAGGUGGCACUAUUGUUAGAUUGACUGAGUACAGA